AUGUCAAAUAAUGGAGAUGAAGAUGAACAAUAGGUAAAAACCAUUAGUCAUGAGCCUCCACAAACACGAUCAAUUAGAAAAAAAGAAAAAGAUGAUCAACAAAAAGUAGUUUCAAAAAUCAACAGCGAAAAUACAAUAACAAAAAAGAAGAUGAAACGCAAAAGACUUUAUUCAAAAGCAAAGAAAGUAGAACUAAGAAAAAAAACUAGAAUCCCUGCAUUUGAAUCUUUUACUCCAAGUGAAGAUAGAUUAAUUCUUUAAUCUGUAUUAAAAUUAGGACCUAAAUUCAAAGUUAUAUCGACUUACUUUCCAUCAAAAUCACUCAGCACAGUAAAAAAUAGAUAUUACAAAUUCUUAAGAUAUAGAUGGACAUAAAUAAUGGGGAAGUAAAUAAUUAAAAUCUAUAUACUAGAGAUUACGAUACAUUAUAUAAAGAGAGUCAAUCAACUGUUAUUUAAGAAGAAUAGAUAAUAGAAACAGUAUAAUUAUUUCCAGAUGUAAAAAGUAUUCUAAUGAACAUGAUUUCAAAAAUAAAAUCUUUAGUAUUAUAAUGA